GUCUGACAUUUUCUACAAGUUUCUUUUCGGGUCGUUGCAUCGUUAUUACCAGUCUACUCUUCGCCUUCGUCAUCUAUCAAUUCUACUCGGCCAGCAUUGUGGGUACACUAUUGAUGGAGAAACCGAAAACGAUACGAACAUUGCGUGAUUUAAUACACAGCUCAUUGGCAGUCGGUGUGGAGGAUAUAGCAUAUAAUCGUGAUUAUUUUUUGCGCACUAAGGACCCUAUCGCCAUUGAGUUAUAUGCCAAGAAAGUAACUAGCGUGCCGACGGAUAGUGAAACGCCGUCCGAAACGACAGCUGACAAUGCCACCGCCUUAGCCACGCUCCAACCGAAUGUUGAGCUCACCGAUGCGGAGAAGGCCAAGGCAUACAGAGACAUCUUACACAGCCAUGAGACCGGUGCGCACGCCAAGACAAACGUGGCGUCCAACUGGUAUGAUCCGGAGUAUGGUGUUAAAAGGAUACGCAGAGGCACUUCUAUUUCGGAAUGCCAAGGGGAAUUUAUCGUAUAUACAUAUAUAUCUACACAUUUUGGCUUAAUUUUUCCGCAUGCUAAUUCGGUUUUCUGCUAUGAGCCAAGACAUGCUGCAACUUCUAUUUGGUGUAUAUCUGAAUAGAUGUGUGUACAUGUGUAUCUAUGUGUGUCU